AUGGGACUCUCCUCCUCGGAACCAGCCCUACAGCCGUCAGAAACAGCUCCUUGUCUCCCCUCAGCGAGCACUGUUCUCUCGCUUUUCUCGCUUGCCGGGAAGACAGCCGUGGUGACUGGUGGUACCCGUGGUCUUGGAUGCGCAAUGGCCAUUGCGUUAGCGGAAGCUGGGGCCGAUAUUAUUCUUGUCCAGUUCCCUUUUUUCUACAAUGGGAAUGCUGCUCACUAUGUUUUUCACAAAUGGCUUGUAAUUCUUGUGGUCUCCUCAGGUAACCGAAAUGCAAUUGGCUUCGGUUGA